UCGGGGCUUAGCUCUAUCGAAAGUGCUCGUCUGGGUGAUUUUUGAGCACCACAAUCUCGAAGUGCUGGCGUCCGAAUGCAUUUUCCUUUGCUUUGCAAAGAAGACUCGUGAACUUCAAAACCCUCCGAGGAGAAUUAUUAAUCCUGCUUUGCAGGAAAGGAAAACCCUCAAUCCCCGGCCACUGACUACCCCUCUCCGGAGACCCUGCGGUCGCCAGGGCGCUCCAAGCCGGAAGGGGACGCUUUGGGAAUGACCAUGCUCCACCGAGGGACAGAGCCAGCCCCCAGCUUCUCUACACAGAGCCUCCUCCACUAAAGCUCCAAAAAUCAAAAACCGUAAUUGCCAGAAGAAUCAUUAAAAAAAAAAAAAAAUAGUCCAGCCACUACCCUCACAUGCAAACGGAAUAAUCACUCUGGAUUCUGCAUUGUGAGCUGCUCUCCAUACCCUGAAUUACCUUUGAAUUCCAUCUUUUUUUUUUUCUUUGAAUUUGCAUCUCUUCAAGACACAAGAUUAAAACAAAAUUCAUGCUAAAUUGGAUUUGAAAUUAUCUUCCUUUUAUUUAUCCUUCGUCUUUCUUAUGUGGAUAUGCAAGCAAGAAGAGGCGACUGGACAUUCCCAACAUGCUUACUCCCUUAAUCUGUCCGUCUAGAGGUUUGGCUUCUACAAACCAAGGGAGUCGGCAAGUUGAAGAUGAAGCCCCGAGCAGAGUGCUGUUCCCCCAAGUUCUGGUUGGUGCUGGCUGUCCUGGCCGUGUCAGGCAGCAGAGCUCGUUCUCAGAAGAGCCCCCCCAGCAUUGGCAUUGCCGUCAUCCUCGUGGGCACUUCAGACGAGGUGGCCAUCAAGGAUGCCCACGAGAAAGAUGAUUUCCACCAUCUCUCUGUGGUGCCCCGCGUGGAGCUGGUAGCCAUGAACGAGACGGACCCAAAGAGCAUCAUCACCCGCAUCUGUGACCUCAUGUCUGACCGGAAGAUCCAGGGGGUGGUGUUUGCUGAUGACACAGACCAGGAAGCCAUCGCCCAGAUCCUUGACUUUAUUUCAGCCCAGACUCUCACCCCCAUCCUGGGCAUCCAUGGGGGCUCCUCGAUGAUCAUGGCAGACAAGGAUGAAUCCUCCAUGUUCUUCCAGUUUGGCCCAUCUAUUGAACAGCAAGCUUCUGUGAUGCUCAACAUCAUGGAAGAAUAUGACUGGUACAUCUUCUCUAUUGUCACCACCUACUUCCCUGGCUACCAGGACUUUGUAAACAAGAUUCGCAGCACCAUCGAGAAUAGCUUCGUGGGCUGGGAGUUAGAGGAAGUCCUCCUGCUGGACAUGUCCCUGGACGAUGGAGAUUCUAAGAUCCAGAACCAGCUCAAGAAACUUCAAAGCCCCAUCAUCCUCCUUUAUUGUACUAAAGAAGAAGCCACCUACAUCUUCGAAGUGGCCAACUCAGUAGGGCUGACUGGCUACGGCUACACGUGGAUUGUGCCUAGUCUGGUGGCAGGCGACACAGACACAGUGCCCUCGGAGUUCCCCACCGGGCUGAUCUCUGUGUCCUAUGACGAAUGGGACUAUGGCCUCCCUGCCAGAGUGAGGGAUGGAAUCGCCAUCAUCACCACCGCCGCCUCCGACAUGCUGUCCGAACACAGCUUCAUCCCUGAGCCCAAGAGCAGUUGUUACAACACCCAUGAGAAGAGGAUCUACCAGUCCAAUAUGCUAAAUAGGUAUCUGAUCAAUGUCACUUUUGAGGGAAGAAACCUGUCCUUCAGUGAAGACGGCUACCAGAUGCACCCGAAGCUGGUGAUCAUCCUUCUGAACAAGGAGAGGAAGUGGGAAAGGGUGGGGAAGUGGAAAGACAAGUCCCUGCAGAUGAAGUACUACGUGUGGCCCCGAAUGUGUCCUGAGACAGAAGAGCAGGAGGACGACCACCUGAGCAUCGUCACGCUGGAGGAGGCCCCGUUUGUCAUUGUGGAAAGUGUGGACCCUCUGAGUGGAACCUGCAUGAGGAACACAGUCCCCUGCCAAAAGCGCAUAGUCUCUGAAAAUAAAACGGAUGAAGAGCCAGGUUACAUCAAAAAAUGCUGCAAGGGGUUCUGUAUCGACAUCCUUAAGAAAAUUUCUAAAUCUGUGAAGUUCACCUAUGAUCUUUACCUGGUUACCAAUGGCAAGCAUGGGAAGAAAAUCAAUGGAACCUGGAAUGGUAUGAUUGGAGAGGUGGUCAUGAAGAGGGCCUACAUGGCAGUGGGGUCACUCACCAUCAAUGAGGAGCGUUCAGAGGUGGUCGACUUCUCCGUGCCCUUCAUAGAGACUGGCAUCAGCGUCAUGGUGUCACGCAGCAAUGGGACUGUUUCACCUUCUGCCUUCUUAGAACCGUUCAGUGCUGACGUGUGGGUGAUGAUGUUCGUGAUGCUGCUUAUUGUCUCGGCCGUGGCCGUCUUCGUCUUCGAGUACUUUAGCCCUGUGGGGUAUAACAGGUGCCUCGCCGAUGGCAGAGAGCCUGGCGGCCCAUCUUUCACCAUCGGCAAAGCUAUUUGGUUACUGUGGGGUCUGGUGUUUAACAACUCCGUCCCCGUGCAGAACCCAAAGGGGACCACGUCCAAGAUCAUGGUGUCGGUGUGGGCCUUCUUUGCUGUCAUCUUCCUGGCCAGCUACACUGCCAACUUAGCUGCCUUCAUGAUCCAAGAGGAAUAUGUGGACCAGGUUUCUGGCCUGAGCGACAAAAAGUUCCAGAGACCUAAUGACUUCUCACCCCCUUUCCGCUUUGGCACUGUGCCCAAUGGCAGCACAGAGAGAAAUAUUCGCAAUAACUACGCAGAAAUGCACGCCUACAUGGGGAAGUUCAACCAGAGGGGUGUGGAUGAUGCAUUGCUCUCCCUGAAGACAGGGAAACUGGAUGCCUUCAUCUACGAUGCAGCAGUGCUGAACUACAUGGCUGGCCGAGACGAAGGCUGCAAGCUGGUGACCAUUGGCAGCGGGAAGGUCUUUGCUUCCACUGGUUAUGGCAUUGCCAUCCAAAAAGAUUCUGGGUGGAAGCGCCAGGUGGACCUUGCUAUCCUGCAGCUCUUUGGGGAUGGAGAGAUGGAGGAGCUGGAAGCUCUGUGGCUCACGGGCAUCUGCCACAACGAAAAGAACGAGGUUAUGAGCAGCCAGCUGGACAUCGACAACAUGGCGGGUGUCUUCUACAUGCUGGGCGCGGCCAUGGCUCUCAGCCUCAUCACCUUCAUCUGCGAACACCUUUUCUAUUGGCAGUUCCGCCACUGCUUUAUGGGCGUCUGUUCUGGCAAGCCUGGCAUGGUCUUCUCCAUCAGCAGAGGUAUCUACAGCUGCAUCCACGGGGUGGCCAUCGAGGAGCGCCAAUCCGUGAUGAACUCCCCCACCGCGACCAUGAACAACACCCACUCCAACAUCCUGCGUCUGCUUCGCACGGCCAAGAACAUGGCCAACCUGUCUGGCGUGAACGGCUCCCCACAGAGCGCCCUGGACUUCAUCCGCCGCGAGUCGUCCGUCUACGACAUCUCCGAGCACCGCCGCAGCUUCACACACUCCGACUGCAAGUCCUAUAACAACCCGCCCUGCGAGGAGAAUCUCUUCAGUGACUACAUCAGCGAGGUGGAGAGGACUUUCGGCAAUCUGCAGUUGAAGGACAGCAAUGUGUACCAGGACCACUACCACCACCACCACCGGCCCCACAGCAUCGGCAGCACCAGCUCCAUCGACGGGCUCUACGACUGCGACAACCCGCCCUUCACCACGCAGCCCAGGUCCCUGGGCAAGAAGCCCCUGGACAUCGGCCUCCCCUCCUCUAAGCACAGCCAGCUGAGCGACCUGUACGGCAAGUUCUCCUUCAAGAGCGACCGCUACAGUGGCCAUGACGACCUGAUCCGCUCCGAUGUGUCCGACAUCUCCACGCACACGGUCACCUACGGCAACAUCGAAGGCAACGCGGCCAAGCGGCGGAAGCAGCAGUACAAGGACAGCCUCAAGAAGCGGCCGGCCUCGGCCAAGUCCCGCCGGGAAUUCGAUGAGAUCGAGCUGGCCUACCGCCGCAGGCCGCCCCGCUCCCCUGACCACAAGCGCUACUUCAGGGACAAGGAAGGGCUGCGGGACUUCUACCUGGACCAGUUCCGCACCAAGGAGAACUCGCCGCACUGGGAACACGUGGACUUGACUGAUAUCUACAAGGAGCGUGGCGAGGACUUCAAGCGCGACUCGGUGGGCGGAGGAGGACCCUGUACCAACAGAUCGCACCUCAAACACGGGACGGGUGACAAGCAUGGCGUGGUCGGCGGGGUCCCAGCCCCCUGGGAGAAAAACCUGACCAACGUGGACUGGGAGGAGCGCUCGGGGGGCAACUUCUGCCGCAGCUGCCCGUCCAAGCUGCACAACUACUCGGCCACGGUGGCGGGGCAAAAUUCGGGCCGGCAGGCGUGCAUCCGCUGCGAGGCGUGCAAGAAGGCCGGCAACCUGUACGACAUCAGCGAGGACAACUCCCUGCAGGAGCUGGACCAGCCGGCUGCCCCUGUGGCCGUGACGUCGAAUGCGUCCACCACCAAGUACCCCCAGAGUCCGACCAACUCCAAGGCCCAGAAGAAGACCCGGAACAAGCUGAGGCGACAGCACUCCUACGACACCUUCGUGGACCUGCAGAAGGAGGAGGCCGCCCUGGCCCCGCGCAGCGUGAGCCUGAAAGACAAGGGCCGCUUCCUGGACGGCAGUCCCUACGCGCACAUGUUUGAGAUGCCGGCCAGCGAGAGCACGUUCGGCAACGGCAAGGCGGCGGCGCCGGCCGCGGGACAUCACCAUCACAGCAACCCCGGCGGAGGCUACAUGCUCAGCAAGUCGCUCUACCCCGACCGGGUCACGCAGAACCCUUUCAUCCCCACUUUCGGGGACGACCAGUGCUUGCUCCAUGGCAGCAAAUCCUACUUCUUCAGGCAGCCCACGGUGGCUGGGGCGCCGAAAGCCAGGCCGGACUUCCGGGCCCUUGUCACCAACAAGCCGGUGGUCUCGGCCCUACAUGGGGCUGUGCCAGGCCGCUUCCAGAAAGACAUCUGUAUAGGGAACCAGUCCAACCCCUGUGUGCCUAACAACAAAAACCCCAGGGCUUUCAAUGGCUCCAGCAAUGGGCAUGUGUAUGAGAAACUGUCUAGUAUUGAGUCUGAUGUCUGAGUGAGGGAAGAGAGAGGCGAAGGUGGGUACGGGAGGGUUGGGCUGUGGGCGUGUGGUGCGCAUGUCACGGAGGGUGACGGGGGUGAACUUGGUUCCCAUUUGCUCCUUUCUUGUCGUUUUCAUUUAUUUAUGGGAUCCUGGAGUUCUGAUUCCUUCUGAGAGCAACCCUGGUGACCAGCACCAUCUCUGCUCCCUUUCCAGUCCCCUCCUCCUUCCCCAUCUGUCCAUCAUUCCCGUCCCGAUUCCCGCGAGAGGAUACGGUGGGCUCACUCCGCCGGCGAGGGCGAAGCGCAGAAAGAAGUGGCCGCGUGCAAGCUUCCUCCUGGCGUGGAAGGACUCUUUGCCACGCACUUCGAGUGAAGCGAGGAGAAACAGGAGGAGGCCACAAGAGCACAGGAUAGCUGUUCCCAAACUGCUCUUUAUGUUUAGGUGAGGAAGCAGAAGUAUCCAGAUAAGAUCAUUUAGCAUACUGCCUGUGAAUGAAAGGAGGCUUUUGCUAAAUUCUUGUUGCUUAAAUGGCGUCUGUUUAGGGAUCAUGCGCCAAGAAGAGGGUGGGAAGCCAUGUGUGUUUAUAUAUAAGCCAAAAAAAAAAAAAAAAAAAAAGCUUGGAUUCCAUGGGCCUUAUUGGUGGUGAACUAGAAUGAAAGGUCACUGACAAGUGAUGUAAGUACAUUAUGGCAGUGUUUCAUGGUGCGUUAGGGGCAAGGAUUCUUGUGCAUGUGUGUCUGUGUACCCCUGCACACGUGUUGUCUAUACACACCAGUAGUCCUGCCUAUUCGUGUGGAGAAGGCAGCCUUGACUCAUGAUAUUGUUUCUUUCAAUAUCCUUAAGAAACGUGCUUGUUUUGGCUUAUAUACAAACAGAGAUGGUCAUAUUUUAUCUGAAUUUUGGCUGUCUCACCCCUCUACCCUUCCUGAAUGAGGAAAAUGGAAGUUCUUGAUGGAAAAGUGUCUGUGGUUUACACAAAAACGUGGGUGAAUGAUCCUACAGAAGCAACGCGUAAAAGUAAUCCCUUCGUGGUUGCCAGUCCUUUCAGCCAGUUUUCGCCAAGAACUUUCCAGGAAGGCUAAAGGGAAAUGGGGGCAGCCAGGAUUCUUUUUGCCUGUACAUGAGAGCAGAGGAUUGUACAAGGCUCUCUGGAGCUUUUUAGACCCUCGGCCGGCCAGUUGGGGGUUGGGGGGGAGGAGCCAAGUAAGGCUUUGACGAACAGGGGAAUCGUUUAUGGUAGGGUAAGUGAGAGAGGGGGAUGUUUUCAAUGCUUUGAUCCCUUCUUACUUAACCUGGAGCUAGGAGAGCAGGCUUGUUCCUCCCCAAAUUGGCCACAACCAAUGCGGAGCAGUGAAGAGGAAUGAGCUUGCCCCAUGAGUACAGCUCGGGAGACACGGAAGCAAGGGAAGAAAUUUGGAAGUGGGGAGGGACUCCUCCUUGCUACCCAGUUGGCUCUGGCUCCCUGAGAAUGUGCCAUUGAGCCCAGUGGGGCUUCUCUGUAGAAGCCCCUCCAUCUUCCUGCAACACCUCCUUUCCCUGCCAGAUCGUCCCAUU